CGAAUGGCAAAUAUUAAAACGAAACACUGGGUGAAUGGCAAAUGCAGUUGACAAGCGACGCGUUUAAUUGUGUUCAGAAAUAUCUUUAAAACGAUUUUAUUUCGGAUUGCGAAUGAAAAAAUGUCGAAAUCGGCGCUGAAACACCUUAAGAGCACCUGCCGCGUAUGCGCAAAGUACGCUAGUAACAAGCGUUCGCCGAAGUUAUUCGAGCGGAGCAACACAAAGAUGAUCGACAACAUUGAGGCGCUCACAGGCCUUCGGCUGGAGAACUACGGUUGCCUGCCGGAUCAGAUCUGUGAGUGCUGCAGCAUGGAACUGGCCUCCGCCGUUAAGCUGAGGGAGCGCUGCAUCGCCGCCCAGCGUGAGCUACUCUUGGGAUUGACUGAGGAGCAACGUCAGGGCAUCUCGGCCUUCUACCGGGCGGCUGUCAUGGGCGAAGAUAUUGUCCAGACGGUGAAGCCGCCCGACGAUGAUGAGGUCUAUGCCACCUAUCAGGAAAUCGUAUUGGAAGAACCUAAGGAAGAGAUUGACGACACCAAGGUAGAGUACGAUAAUACCUACUACGAGGUGGCCGAGGGACACGCCGGCGAGGACGACGCAGCAUCCUUGAUUGAAGAGGCCGACUAUGAUUCCAUAAUGGCCGAAGACGAUGAACAGCAGCAAACGUUGGAGCUGGACGAAGACACUGAGCUAAUUGUGGGCGACGUCAACGACGCGUACGUCUACGAUUCGGAUGAUGAGGUGGCCGUUCUUGACAACGUGCUGGAUGAUGAGUACGAGCAUGAAAACAUUGUCGUCAAGAAGUGUAGUCUGCCGCCAAAGCCGAAGGUCCGGUCGGAUGAUGCGCGUCGUCGUGGCACUGGUGGAGUAUACAUCUGCGAGCAGUGCGGCAAUCACAUCAAGGGACGCAUGGCCUUUGAACUCCACUGUCGGCGCCAUCGUGGGGACAAGCAAUUUGGUUGCGAACUCUGUCAGUCGCGCUUCUGCACAACUUCCGAGCUGAAACGUCACAUGCGCAAGCACACCGGAGAGCGUCCGUUUGCAUGUAAGUACUGUGGCCGCUGCUUCACAGACUACACCACCCGCGUGAAGCAUGAGCGUACCCACACCAAUGAGCGCCCCUACGUCUGUGGCACUUGCGGCAAGGCCUUCACUACCGGCUACAUCCUUAAGAACCAUAUGCUGAUACAUUCCGGCGAGCGGGCCUACAGGUGCGAGCUGUGCGACAAGUCCUUUAUGCUGCCCACCCACCUGAGCACCCACUUCCGGUCUGGCGUACACAAGCGGCAUCUGGAGAAAGCCGAAAUGAAACAGGUCCUGGAGCAGGAGCAGAAGCGUGAACUCAAGGAGGAGGAGGAGGACAGCCUGCACAUCUAAAGCUGGCCUAAUUAUAUAUACAUAGCAAUUACAGGCAAUGCUAGACCGACAAUGGCGCACAGCCAAUGAGCAUUUCUGCAAAUAAUAAACAAAACCAAUUGAAAUAUGUAGAACUUAAUAUUGAAUAAUAAAUCAAAACAUCAAAACCCAA